AUGAAUGAACCAACAAAUGUACCAAAUACAUCCGAUGUUAAUGAUGUUGGCAUUGAUCAAGUAGUCCCACCUUUAGAUAUUUAUGAUCCUAAAAAUUGGGGUAAUAUUGAAAUUAAAGGAAGGAAUAUUUUGAUACAAAAAGGACCAAUUAGAGAUUUAAACCUUGUGUUUCCAAUUGAUAACAAAUUAAGGAUUUUUUCAUAUGCCUAUUAUACUAAGAAGUUGAGUAAUGGUGAGACUUUUGAUAGAAAAUGGAAAAAAGAGCUGGAUAUGUUGAUUAAGGUUAAGGAAGUAAAAGGGUGUGUGGGGAAGGGGAGUGAUAAUGAUGAUGAUGGGUCAAUCGAUAAUUCAAAAAUUGAUGACUUUUGUAAGUUUUUUUAG